UUCCACCUCAUACAGUCCAGACCCACCCCUUACUGUCUGCCAUGACCGUCCUCUACAAUAUGAGACUGUAUUCUUUGUACCUCCCCUUUCUCGCCCUCAGUCUGUGCAUCCCAGCCUCCCUUCCUAGAUAUCCAUCCCACACCUCUCCACCCGCAAACGGCUCCUACGGUGAGAGGAAAAAAAGAGAACAGAACAGUUUCAAACACGUCGGCAUAAAUCUCACAUCCAGAGCUCCCCUUUUUUCCUCCUUUCCCUUCCUGACGGACUUCAUUACUUUAUUCCUCUGUGCGCCAAUGCCCGAGACCACGCCGAAACGAAGGAUUUUUUUCCCUUGAGCAUGAAAAGGAUUGCCAAAUCAUCCGCAAUCCAACAUCACCGACUGAGCCACCAGCAUGAGCACUGGAUACAUAUGCUCCAGCAGAAGUUGUUGGCUAGAGAACUAACAAACCUUGGACCACAAAUACAGCUAAGAGAGGAGAGUCAGUUUUAGGUCUCCACAUAAUGGAGCGAGAAUGAACAGAGAGCGGCUUAAAAAAAAGCAUGAACUGGAGGUUUAUUGAGGUCAUCUGCUUCCUGUUUAUAUGGGACCAUAUAACAGUUCAGUCUUCCCGCCAGGACCCGUUGGCCACUGAACAACAUGUCACCAAGCAAUAUGACUGGCUCAUCUCUGACCGUGGACCUUUCCACCACUCUCGGAGUUAUCUGUCCUUUGUGGAAAGAUUCCGCCAAGGAUUUACGACCAGAUAUAAAAUUUAUAGGGAAUUUGCACGUUGGAAGGUGAGGAACACAGCGAUCGAGAGAAGGGACCUGAUCCGGAACCCAGUGCCACUGAUGCCUGAGUUCCAGCGCAGCGUACGUUUGCUGGGCCGCAGACCUACUACUCAGCAGUUCAUCGAAACCAUCAUUAAGAAAUAUGGAACCCACAUUCUCAUCUCAGCCACCCUAGGAGGAGAGGAAGCGCUGACUAUGUAUCUGGCCAAAAACAAGCUGGACAGGAAGCUUGCCAACGCUACUCAAAACGUGGAAGCUCUUCAUCAGCUGGCCUCGUCCUACUUCAUUGACCGUGACGGGACGAUGAGGAAGCUGCAUGAGAUCCAAAUUUCCACCAACGCCAUCAAGGUGACGGAGACACGAACUGGGCCACUGGGAUGCAGUAGCUAUGACAAUCUGGAUUCAGUUAGCUCGAUCCUUCUGCAGAGCCCCGAGAGCAAGCUUCAUCUGCAAGGUCUUCAGGUAAUUUUCCCAGAAUACCUACAGGAGAAAUUUGUCCAGUCAGCUCUGAGCUACAUUAUGUGCAAUGGAGAGGGGGAGUAUGUGUGCCAUGACAACCAGUGCAUCUGUCAGUGUGCCGACGAGUACCCCCAAUGCAACUGUCCCAUCACCGACAUCCAGAUUAUGGAAAACACCCUGUUGGGGAUGUCUGAGUCCUGGGCUGCCUCUUAUAAAGACUUUGAGAGUUCUGAUGAGUUCAAGUCCUUCCUGAAGAGGCUGCCCUCCACUCACUUCUUGCCCAUCAGCAGUGUGCAUCUCCUGUGGGGCAGUGACUGGGACCUUCAGGCCCGCUACAGGCUCCUUCAGAGUUCUCUGGAGAUCCAGCGGCUCAAGAUUCAGCGCACCGCCCGCAAGCUCUUUGGCCUCAGCAUCCGUUGUCACCACAACCCAAACCACCAGAUGCCUAGGGAGAGGUCUGUGAUGCAGUGGCUCAACAGGGUUCAGUCCUUCCUCUACUGCAAUGAGAACGGUUUCUGGGGCACCUUCCUGGAGAGCCAAAGGACAUGCGUGUGCCACACAGGUGUCACCCUUUGCCAGCGACCCAUCCCAUGUGUCAUAGGUGGCAACAACAGCUGUGCCAUGUGCAGCUUGGCCAACAUCUCACAAUGUGGCUCCUGCAACAAGGGUUACAAGUUGUAUCGUGGCCGGUGUGAGCCCCAGAAUGUGGACUCAGAACGUAGUGAACAGUUCAUCAGCUUUGAAACUGAUCUGGACUUUCAGGACCUGGAACUCAAAUACCUGUUACAGAAAAUGGAUUCCCGACUGUACAUUCACACUACUUUCAUCAGUAAUGAGAUCCGCCUAGAGACCUUCUUUGACCCUCGAUGGCGUAAGCGCAUGUCCCUGACUCUUAAAAGUAACAAAAACCGGAUGGACUACCUCCACAUGAUAAUCGGCCUAUCAAUGAAGAUCUGCCAGAUGCGAAAUAGCAGCAUUGACCCCAUGUUCUUUGUUUAUGUCAACCCAUUCAGUGGUAGCCACUCAGAAGGCUGGAGCAUGCCCUUUGGGGAACAUGGUUACCCACGCUGGGAGAAAGUACGACUGCAGAAUUCCCAGUGCUUCAACUGGACUCUCCUGCUGGGCAACCGGUGGAAGACCUUUUUCGAGACGGUGCACAUCUACCUGCGUAGCCGUGCCAAGAUCCCAACUGGUCUGCGCAAUGAUACAGGACAGGGUCCAGUAGAUCUUGCAGACCCUAACAAGCGCCAGAUCUACAUAAAAAUAUCCGAUAUCCAGGUGUUCGGCUACAGCUUGCGGUUUAAUGCCGACCUGCUCCGAAGUGCUGUGCAGCAGGUUAACCAGUCAUACACACAAGGAACUCAGUUCUACUCAUCCUCAUCUGUUAUGCUCCUGUUACUGGACAUUAGGGAUCGGAUUAACCGCCUUGCCCCUCCAUCUGCACCUGGCAAACCCCAGCUGGACCUCUUCUCUUGUAUGCUAAAGCAUAGGCUCAAGCUCAAUAACAGCGAGAUGAUUCGAGUAAAUCAUGCCUUGGACAUGUACAGCACAGAGAUACUAAAACAAUCAGAUCAUCUGACUGCUAAACUCUGUUGAACAUAGUAACAUUAUCAUAAGGACAAACAGAAACACCCAACAAAUGAACUAUGAGGGGAUAUUAAUCCUAAUUUUGUUUUCUCUUUUUCAUUUUUGGACCUUUUCUGCCUUUUGAUGUAAUAUUAACUUUGUAAGCAUAAUUCUUAAAGAGAAAAAGGAAAAAGGCAGCGAUGAAAAGCAUUUCAGGCAGAUAAAGAAGAUUAAUGGAACCACUAUAAGGACUGUAUCAUAUUUGUCCCAGCAUGUCUGUCAUUCCCUAAAAGAACCUAAAAGAGAGAAAGAAAAAAGAAAAAAAAGAAAAAAAGAAAAAAAAGAAAUAUUAAAUCUAUGUACUGGUGAAAAAGAGGCCUUGAUUUUACUCUGAGGGAUCAAAAGGUUAUAUCUGAAACUGCCAUUCUUUACUGAGAAAAACAUUUUUAAAGGAAUAAUGACAUAACACAAGGGCAGACCAGAUAUCCUUUUAUUUCAGUGCAAAAUAUUUCAGACAUAAUGGACAGUUUAAUAUUAAAAAUGUUUAUACAUUGUAAGGAUUAAAUAGCCCUAGUGAGUAAGUAGUCAACGCAUUACUUAUAGACUCUUUAUUACAUUUCAGACCCACAGCGAAUCUGCAUUGCUCUUUGUGAGUUAUGAGGCACUCUGUCAUUGUUCUGACACAUAAGGCACACAGCAGGGCAGUAAUGGAUAGUCAUGUCAAAUAACAAAAGCCAGCUGUUUAUAUAUACAUAUAUAUGUGGGUGAAUGUGUGUGUAUGCGCGUGUGCAAGUGUCCGUACACCUUUUUUUGGCUUGAUGCUUAUAGCUGUUCGUUAAUUGAAUGUGUCAUUUGAGAUUGACUCCAGUCUAAGCUAAAACUUGCAUUUGGAGCGCUUCUUCCCGUGUUUGAAAUUCAAGCUGUGUUUUUCACAAGGCAGUACCUCCUGGUGCGUGAGUGCAAUAUUGUGGUCUGAAGAUUUAACAAUCAAUGCUAUUUUGUACAGCUUUGCAAAAUGUACAUGUUGUGACUGCUGAUUUGUGGAGCUUUUCAGCACCAAGAGCAAAGUGUAAACAUUCAUCAUUCAGGCACAUUUGCAAGACAACCUAAAGCCAUACACUUCCCUGAGGUAGACAUACAGUAAGACAUUAAGUCCAUCCCUGUUUCACAAAGUACUGACUUCAUAACAUGAAAAAAAAGUUCCAUUUGUAUGUUUUUAUUUUAUUCUCUCAGUUUUUAGAUAAGAGCACAGCAAAAAGACAGAUGACAAGAGAAGGAAUAUUAUGUUGGAUAAGAAUCGUAUUGUAAAGCCAUUGAAUUUCUCUGUUGUGCCACAGGAAAAAAAAAAAGAAAAAAGAAAUGGUUAUAUUAAAGCUUAAAAUACCUUUUUGGCAGUGUUUAAUCUGUAAGCUUUUUAUUAUACCACAUGUAAAGAUUUAUGUUUUACUUUCCAGAUAUACAAUUUUACCUUGUUUUGCAUGUUGCUGGAAACAUCAACAGAGCUGCGACUUUGUUUAACAUUAUCUAUCAUCAAACUGAAAUAUGAAACACUACCUAUGUAUUGUGGGUCACACUUUAUUUGGGUAAUUUGAUGCUGAAAGAUUGCUAUUGCCGAGUCCAUCACCUGCAUGUUUGUGAACAACAACAAAGGCAAGGUCACUCAUGUCAUACAACCUAGCAGUUCUGGCCCUAGGGUAUGAACUUAAAAAAAAAAGAAAAAAAAGAAAAAAGAAGAGACUAAAUAUUUGCUGCCAUGGCACCCAAACUCUGGAAAAACCUUCCUCCUGGUGUAAAAGCUGCCAGCUUGCAACAGCAAGCUUUUAGAGUAACAUCUAAUAACUCGUACUUUUCCAGCUGUUCUAAUUCUUUUAUUGUUUCUAUUUAUUGUUUCUUUAUGUCUGUUGUUGUACGUUAUAGUUUGGUUGGCUUGGUACUUUUUGUUUCAUUUUCUUUUAAAUAGUUGUUUUUCUUUUGCAUAGUGAUGGGAAUAGUCUUUUGGGGGUCAGGUUUAGGGUUUAUAAUAUAUCUAGGAACAACCAUGGUGGGCUGUGACUUAAAUGUGGCGUGAAACUGGAAAACAGGUUUGGAAUUCCACGACUAAAUCCAAGACCUUUUAAAAAUCGAGUGCAAUGAUUUAAACAAGAAAUAGCAGUGGAACAAAACUUGCUUCUCAUCUUUGGGAUGUACUUUUUUUCCUGCAUCCACAGUCACAAUUUAAGUUGUCUCUAGAUAUGCACCCUUGUCAUGAUUUAGGCUAAACAGACUCAUGUCUGGCUCUGUGUGACAAUGAUUAUACUUGUGUAUUAUUUUACUGUUGUCAGUCUUUUUGUGAAGCACUUUUAAUGUUUGAGAGGUGCUUUAUAAAUAACAAGUUAGUCAUUCACUUAAGUAACUAUAAUGUAUCACUACAAACCUAAUCGAUUUAAGGUGAUUCAGUAGUCUGCAAAAUAGUUUGCUAAUUUAGUGCACAUGUGGUGGCCAGUCCAGGACAACUAAGGCUCAGGUUGUCAGGCUCAGCUCUAUGUUGUUAAUCUCACAGUAUCAGUCUUUACCUUUGUCAGGUUAACAGGAUCGAUAAAGGUGCAGUCACCUCUGCAGUGCUAUUGCUACCAAUUUGCAUAGGUAAGGAUCAGCAGCAAGGAUAAAGAGGGUAUCUGGACCGGUGGAUGUCAAUAAAAUGUACUGUAUCGUGACCAGUGCACCUGCUUGAUAGUAGCUGUUAACUGCUAGCCGUCUCAAAGAGCCAUGGUAUUGUACUAGUUUAUCAGGCUUAGUUCCGACUUUUCAGCUCAAUAAGCUAAUGUCAGAAUGGUUACGUUACACUUUUGCAAAUAUGUUAGCAUCUCCAUUUGUUUGGGUCGAUGUAGAGCUGAUUUUGACAUUCUAAAGUGAAGUCUGAGAUGGCCACAAGCCUUUAUUGAAUAAAGAUGCAGUAAAUAGAGAACUUGAUUGUUCAGCAUCAACAUUGGACUAUCCAAAUGAAUUGUUAUCUUCUUCUUAUUAUUAUUAUUUUUAUUAUUAUUAUUAUUAUUAAGUGCCUGUUAUCUAUCCCUUUAACACGUAUAGAGCUGGAGAAAACUUUUAGAUGCUACACAGAAGAGUGACACUGAAUUAGCUUCAGAAAUUGACACCACUGAUGUUGAUCAAAUACGCUUUUCAUCUCCUGAGAACUACACCUUCGAGGAGGUUUGUGCAUGUGGGGAAAUCAACCACCAGACAGAGACAAAGGAUGACUUAAAGUAAUGGUGGAUAUUUUUCUGUCCUCUCUUGUACAGUAUAUCUGUAAAUAUUUACUCUGUUACAGUAACAAUGCUCUGCUACAGUAACAAUAUUAUAAAAUAUAACAGUAUCGAAAGGGAAUACAAAGACUACUUCAUUAAAGCCCUCACUUCAGUACAUUGGCACAAAGUACAGGGCACCCAUGUCUUAUGUAUCUAAUUAGAUUCAUGACAAUUUAUGACUGUUUUUAUAUUGUCAAAACAUACUGUACAUUACAAUUUAGUUUGGAGACACCGCAAGGUCCAUAAAACAAGCACAUUUACUCGUAUGGCAUUAUGCUACCACAGUGUUGCUUACAUGUAUCCAUGGAUAUGUCUGAAGAUUUUUACACCUAAUACCUUGCCUAUGUACUUUUUUGCUGUUAUGUUGAGAUCAUUAUAUCAGCUUAUUUCAAAUGAAUGUUUCAUAUAAUACUCUAUUUCUCAUUAAAAGGCUAUAUUUAA